AUGUAUGUGAAAUGGGUUGAUACAGGAAUGUUAUACUAUGUGAUUUUUUACUAUAUUUAGUGAAUGUCACUUUUUCACAUUUUUAAAUUUCCCGCCAGUUCCGUCCCCGUACGUCCCGACGUCGCAGGGAAGGGAACCCAAAAGACGGAUGCCGGCUUUGCCCAGAGGACAUUGCCAGGGUCGCUGCAGGAGGGACAUCGCGGGAGCGCAGGACAAGGUAAGUAAAGAAGAGAUCCCGGAGCAACGCUGCAUGGUAUUCCCGAGUGUAGCUCGGAGUUACCGCUUGUGCUACACUCGGGAAUACCUCCAGGGAGGU